AGUUCCUGCCCGGGAUCAGGACGCAGUGCACGGGACACACAGCAGGGGCACAGCAGGGGCGCAGCCUGGUAUGGUAUGGCUUCCACGGUAUGCUGGCUGGGUAGGCCGGGACUGAGCGUCAAGUGCGUGCUGGGGUAGAACAGGGGAGGGGUUGCUUUCGUGUAGAUAUGGGCCUGGGGUGGAUGAACGGAUGGCUGGGUCUGGGAUGUGCAUUGGCCGCCGAUGCCUUUUCUGUGCGCUCUGUAUGGCUCUGCGAGUAUAUGACCAACUUGGUUCUCCUGGCCCUCUUUUUUGGUGCAUAUGUGUUCGUGUCUCAGCUGGUGAUGGUCGACGUGGAGGCAAGGUGGUGUCCGACUUUCAGUCCAAUGCUAGGGCUAGGGCGCCCGUCGUAACCGCCUGGCUUUUCC